CCUGCCCUCCGGCCCCGACGCUGCAGGCAGAGAGGAGGAGCCCGGCGGGGGACACGGAGGACAAGGAGCCUCCUUCGAUCCUAGUGACAGGAGAGGACAGCGCAGCCAAAGGCACGAGACCCGUGGCCUCCACCCCAGUGCCCGGAUCCCCCUGGUGUGUGGUGUGGACGGGCGACGACCGAGUUUUCUUCUUCAACCCGACGAUGCAGCUGUCGGUCUGGGAGAAGCCUGUGGACCUGCGGAACCGCGGGGACCUCAACAGGAUCAUCGAAGACCCUCCCCACAAGCGCAAACUGGAGGCCACAACAACCGACCACAGCGACGGGUCAGGUUCUGAAGACGGCAGGGAAGACCCAAACCUGAAGACCAAGAGGAAUCGGACGGAAGGCCUCGCGAGUCCCGGGCCCGAGGAGGCGGAGAGAGAGGACCUGGGCGCCAAGACGCCACCGCCCGCCCAGAUCCUCCUGCCCCUGGAGGAGCGGGCGACCCACUUCCGAGACAUGCUUCUGGAGAGAGGGUGCUGUCUGAAAGCUCCCGAGAGCCGGCUCGGCCGGCGCUGCGCCAGCGCGGGCUGUAAGAAGCGCAGGUGUUGA